UAAGAAACUAAACAAAGAAAAUUAGUUCAGCAGCCCCUCAGGAAAAGGCCAGUCAUUUCCUGAGUAGCUAUCAAACCCGGCCAGAAGCUCAUUGUUUCCAGUUUCCAGUAAUGGCAGCUAUUACCUGACCAGUGAAUGCCACUGGCCGUUUGCUAUUCACAAAGAGGAAAAACCUUCCAAGAGUGAUUCUUAAUUUUUCACACUAAAGCUUGCUUGUCGAUUGCCUCUUUUGAAGACAACCUUUCUUACCAGCUCCCCUGGUUGGACUUAACCUUCAGCGAACGAGCGUUCCCAGGUUCUAGACUGGGAAACUAUUACUCCAAGACAAGAUGUAUCUGGCUCUUCUGGGGAUGCUUUGGUUCUGUCCAAGACUGAAAGGUCAAGAAAACUCUUUCACCAUCAACAUGAUUGAGAUGAAAGCAGAGCCAGGCUGGGAGGUGGAGAAUGGUCAGAACCUUAUUCUGAAAUGCCUCGUGGACAUCAGCACCACCUCAAAGCUUCUGUCCCCGCACCAGGUCUUCUUUUACAAGGAUGAUAUUCUGCUCAAGAAUGUUACCUCCUGGAAUAGAGAAGAGAGCUUUUUUAUUCAGGCUGCUCGGAUAUAUGACAGAGGGAAUUAUAAAUGUACGGUGAUUCUCAACAACAAGGAGAAAACCACAAGAGAUUACUCUCUUUCAGUAAAAGGAGUACCAAGUCCCAGGGUUACAGUGGACAAGAUGGAAGUGAUGGAAGGAAGCAUGGUGACAGUUGAGUGUUCCGUUCCUGAGGAGAAGCCCCCGAUAUAUUUUAUAAUUGAAAAACUGGAAAUGAAUAUCAGUAAGCAGAGGAAAGAAAAGAUGGUCCUGAAUAAAAAUUAUGUGACACUGGAUUUCCCAAUAGAAGAACAAGACCAUGUUUUAGUUUUUCAAUGCCAGGCCAAGAUCUCUUUUGGGAAUUUCUUGGAGGCCUCAGAAUUCACAAAGAGUGACCUGGUCACCGUGAGAGAAACCUUUUCGAUCCCUAGUUUCCAAAUAAUACCCGAAGGAGAGAUCACAGAAGGAGACCCGCUCAAACUUAAAUGCACAAUCCGAGUGACGCAUAUGUUUCGGGAGAACCGAGAAAUCAUCAUCCAGAAAGACAGAGAGAUUGUGGCAUAUACUAAGCAAGGGACAGAAGUUACUUACUCUCCUCCACUAGCCAGAGUGGAACACAUUGGGAACUAUACCUGUAAAGUCGAAUCCAGCAAGAUAUCUAAAGUCAACAGUGUUUUCAUCAACAUCACAGAGUUAUUUUCCAAACCUGAGCUGUUGAUUUCUUCCAACCAUCUGGAUGAAGGUGGGAAGCUAGACCUGUCCUGUCAGAUCUCAGGGUCCCCACUUGCCAACUUCACCAUCCAGAAGGAGAAUACAACAAUAACAAAUUCUCAGAACUUUACGAAGAGGGUCUGGGUACAUGACAGUGGGACAUACAGAUGCCUUGCUGCAAUCCGCAAUGUCAUCAAGGAAAGUGAUCCAGUACAGUUAUCUGUUUUUGAAAUCGUCUCUAAGCCCAGAAUUUUUCAUAACUCAAAAUCUGAAGUAAUAAAGGGACAGCUCUUAGAACUCUAUUGCCAGUCAAUAAAUGGGACACCACCUAUCAGGUACCAUCUUUGUAAAAUGAACGCAUGUAAGAGUCAUCAAGAAAUGUAUUCCAACGAACCAGCAAGAUUCUUGGACAGGCCCACUGCCACAACGGAAUAUACCUGUGUCGCAAAAAACCACCAUUCUCAAGGGUCAGUGGCUAGUGAUGUCUUGAAUGUCGUGGUGAUAGUUCCAGUUGCCAGGGUCAACUUAUCCAUUCUGCUCCAUGGGGAAGUAGAAAGUGGGAAAGAGGUCGUGCUCCGGUGCAGUACAGAUGAAGGAUCUUGGCCAAUUCACUAUAAGUUUUACAGACAUGACGUUGCAGACCCCUUUUUUGAAAAAACCUCGAAUGACACUUAUAUGAUCUGGUACAAGUCCCAUGCCGGCAAGGAGGAUGAGGGGCAGUAUUACUGUAUAGCUUCCAACAGGGCCAACAUUCAUGGCAAGAUGCCAAAGAGUAACAUUAUUACUGUCAAAGUCACUCUUGCUCCAUGGAUGAAGGGUCUUAUUGCAGUGGUCAUCAUUGGUGCCAUAAUUGUUGCAUUGAUUCUUGUGGCCAGAUGGUACUUUCUUAAGAAAGCAAAGGCAAAACAGAUGCCAGUGGAGAUGUCCAGGCCAGGACCACUCCUGAACUCCAACACUGAGAAGAUGCAAUCUGAUCCCAAUGUGGAAGCUAACAGUCACUCUGGAUACAAUGAUGAUAUUGGGAACCAUACAAUGAAACCAACAAAUGAACAUAAAGAACCUGACCAUUUGAAUAUGGAUGUGGAAUACACUGAAGUUGAAGUCUUGACGCCUGAUCUUCACAGAGCUCCUGAAAGGAAAGGAACUGAGACUGUUUACAGUGAAAUCAGAAAGGCUGAUUCAGGGGAGAACAGGCAUUCUAGAAUAGAAGGCUCCCUUGAUGCAACUUAGAAAACCAAUUACAGAUGUGGAUCCCUGAUGUUCCAAGAAGAUGAACAGAUAUUUUCCAUGUAUCCCAAGAGCACUGUAGUACUUACUCAUGAAUCUGAUGGUCUCCUCUUGCAAACAGUGAUUUUCUCAGGCCAACUUGUCAUUUCUCAAACCCAUCCCUCUGUGUGUGUGUGUGUGUGUGUGUGUGUGUGUGUGUGUGUGUGUGUUGUUAAUGUGUUACAAAGAUUCUAGAGAAAGAAAAGUGCUGCUAUAAAUUCUGGGUCCCAUUCCAUUUCACACUUUAGCCCUCUCCAGAGGAGUUGGGUCUUAUUGUCACUGCUUCCCAGAUCUUGGGAAAAACAGAACAGAAAUAGAAGGUUCAUUGUUCACGGUCCAUUGGGGGUCUUUUGAAACUUGAAUAUUUUGUCCUGUACAGAGAUAGAGACCUUUACAAAGUGUCUACAUAAAAAAACCAUUUCUAAUUUUAUGGUAAACUGCCUGUUCUAAGAUAAAGGUCCUAAAGCUUUGGGGCUUAUUUUUCACAUGUUCCUUCUCAUCCUUCAAAGGGUCCAUUGUUUUGUGCAAACUUUGUCUCUCCUGAAAUACACAAUGCAGAUCAGAGCAGAGAAAGGUGACUCCUUCUGAUAUGCUCAGACUGGGAACAAAAAAAGUCAAGCUAUUGUCAAUGGAGAGCUACUUUUUGGGAAUGUGAUAGUGUGGAGACAAGGCUCUUAUGGAACAGGGCAAACAUAUAGCAUUUAAAAAGUAAACUGAAUGAAGCUCAGACACUCUUAAGCAUGUUUCUUUACUCCUUUUCUCUCUUUUCUUUCCCCCUUCAAUUUCAAUGAAGGCUGGAAGACAGAAGCUAUGAUAGAGGGAGCCUCCAGCAAAUAUUUUUCUUUUAGCAAGUUUAAAUUUCUUACUAAUUCUUUUUCUUUAAUUUAUUCCUUGCUACAGAAAUUCUUGCUUACAUCACCAAAUUAUUUCAUAUUGUGUUUAAGACGGGCAGGUGCCCUUCUACUACUUUGGCUCUGGAGUUCCAUCUGGAGUUCCAUCCAUACCUAACUAGAGCUGUUUCCCUCUCCUGGGUGGCUAUAGGCCUGGUUGAGGGGAGAGGGGGGAGGAAUGAAGAGUGUUUUAAUAAAUAAACUUGAACUUUCCUUCA